AGGUAAGACUCCAGCAGGGCAGCAACGACACCAGUCUAUUCAAUGUAAUUAACACUGCAAUGUCAACAUCACCUUGUAUGUACUGUGCCGUUUUCGGGAAAUCACAGGGGUACAGUUUUAACCAAGGAUCCGUUCACUCCUACAUGAAAACUGUUGUACUGGUAUACGUUGCAAACAUGAUUCAUAGUAGUUUCCCUAUACGGUUCGCUUGCACUUUCACUCAGUCUUUCUCGGCCCUAAAAAACUACAUAAUAAGGAUGCCAGAUUUGAAAACGGGUCUACUCUCCUGGUCGUCCAUGGAACACUUCUCAUUGCCUCAUGUCAACAAAAACCGUAAAAUUGGCAUAACAAUAAGUCGAUUUUAACAACAAUAGGCAACCCAGUAAGCUUGUCAGCUCACUGCACCGCGUGUGAUUAUGACUGUCAAAUACUAAGUGUGUAUCACAGUUGGAUGGUCGAACGAAUACUUCUUAACAAUAAUGGACUUGGUUCCAAAUUCAGCCACAGACACCAGUCAAUCAACUUAUCAUAUUUACAUUUUUGGGUUAUAAGUGCAAGGCAGAUAUGGUUAUACUAAAAAGGUCAGUGUUGCUCUCUCGCACACCAGUGCAUUAGAUCCAAUGCGCUGUGUGUAACAAAGGGGGCGUUGGGCGUAGAGAAAAGUUUUUGUGUACUGCGCCAUGAUUAACUUAACUUGUAAGCUGGUCUUUGAAGCAUAGGCUACCAGGUCUUUGUACCUCCGUAGUUCAACGUACCUUACUCCAUUAAACCUUGUGGCACUAAAGGGCUGUCGUAACGCAACUGAUGUUUGCUGUUAGCGACCAGACCUGAUUCUUGUGCCGUUUUGCUGUUUCGAACGUCUUUCUACCCCCAACUCCUCAAAAAUCUAUCACCUGGGGAAGUAUUCCAACCGUAAAUGGAAACAUGGAACAUGAAUUCCUGUUGUAUGAUGGAAUCAGUGACGACGCUCUGAAAGGGGGAAAUUCCACUGAGUUCGAAUUCAGCGACUACGGACAAAGGGUUGUGGUCGCCACACUCUACCUGAUUGCGGCUGUCCUCGGUAUCAUCGGCAACUCACUGGUGAUCUGGGCCGUGAUUUUGUCCAGGAAGCUCCGAACAACCACCAACGCCUUCGUGGUGAACCUGAGCGUAGCGGACCUGCUGACGUCGCUGGUGAUCCCCUGGGAUGCGGUGGCGUUGUUAGGAAAGAACGGCCCCCCGGUCAGCGAGUGGUUGUGCAGCGUGGUGUCUGCCAUUCAGACCAUCACAACAGGCUGCAGCAUCUACACUCUGGCCUUCAUUGGUGUACAACGCCUGUUAUUGAUCACUCGACCUGCCACCAACUACCAGGCCAUCUAUACGCCGCGUUACAAGUUCGUUGUCUGGUUAGUAGUUGCUUGGUCCAUUCCGGUGCUUGUAACCUUAAUCCCGCCACUCCUAGGAGUGGGCGGUUUAGGCUAUAACCCUAAAUAUCACCACUGUGGGUUCAAAUCCUCCCACCCUCUGUCUAGCUACUACAACAGCAUCAUAGCCGGGGCCCUGUACCCUGUGCCACUUGCCAUCAUCAUUCUCUGCUAUACGCUCAUCUGGUGUUACCUUAACCGCCACACAAAGAGGAUGGUAAAUCCUCCGGAAAAAUCCGGCGAUUCUUCGAUAACGUCGUCCGCCGUCUCCCUGGAGCUCAAAUCGGUGACAUCUAAGACGAAGAGCCAAAGCGAUUUGCGUCGCGCCGGCACCGUCAGCCACCCUCAGAUGAACCGACGCCAGAAUGAGAUCACCAAGAACAUGUUCUAUGUGGUAUGUGCCUUCGUUCUCUGCCUGACGCCCUUUGCCAUAUGCCUCUUCUACGAGUACAGUGACCCAGCUCUGCCAUACGCUUCGGUCACGUUGGUCUUCAACGCCUGUGUAAACCCUCUCAUAUACGCGACCAAGCACCGUGACUUCAAGGCAGUCUUUGCCUGCAUCUUGCGUCGUCGGUGGAGCAGCAUCCCGGAACCGUCAGAUUUCCUGAAGGCCACGAGACGGAGUAGAUGUUGCAGACAUUGAUCCCAACGCAUGAGGGUAACAUUAAUGACAUUGUAGCAUCCUUAAUUGCGUCGAAAAAAGAGAGGUCAAGUACAAGGACAGACACUUGAGAAACCACUAGAUAAAAAUAUUCCAUGUAUUGCAGUAAGGAGGCUAAUGCCUGUGCCCCUGAACAGUGGAAAUGGUUUGAAAAUGAAAAAACAAACAAACAAACAAAAACACCAAAAAAAAACAAAACCAAAAUGGUUGCCGUUUCCUAAUUGGCCGGGGGGGGGUGUUUGUUGUCUCCUACACACACACACACGACCUACACAGGGCACAGUCCACAUCAUAGUAGCGUCACAGUGUACACAUGGGAUUAGCCCGCAUGAGCCGAAUUGAACAAUUUCUUUUGUUUUCGGCUGGUAUUGCCAGAAGAAGGUCAAAGAUUAUGUGAGCAAAACGCUUUUUAAAGUGAUAAAAUAUGAACACACGGGUACCCUUUCUUCUGGGUGGGAUCCGUUGAGUGGCCCACCAGUGAGCAGCUCACUAUCAAGUUAAUGCAUUGCUGCAAUAAGUUCAUAUCAUAUUAACAGUACAAUGUACUUUUGAAGUUGCUCUCACAUUCAGGUUCCUGUCAUUUGCUGCCAUUUUCUCACCUCAUUGCGCGCGCAUGCGUCCAAUGAUAGUCACGACUCAGACCUGAGCAUGAUUUUCACAGGCCUGUUCAGCAGAAAGAACUUAUCUUUACAUGCUGACCCAAAACCAGCUUGGAACCUGUUACGCGAGCAAAAUAAUGCAUGAGAUUUUGUUAAGCAAACAUUUUCUUUGCCAAGCAAAAAUCAAUGAAAUGACGUCCGUUCCCGAGCUUGUGCACCGAGUGUGAGUUAGAGACGCCUAUACCAAGGUUAUUGCUGCCUCAGUUACUAUUGUUGGAGCUCAAAAUUUUGGCAACUUCAUGGCCUAUUUUAGUCUUCUUUUCAAUAGCGUCAGCCAAACUCUAUGGGUCGUACAAUGGACUGUGCUGUUAAAAUGUCUGAACAGUGAGCCACUCCGGCAUUCCAACAGCACAGGCCCAAUUCAAAGCGCGUGGUAAGUGAAUCGAGUACAGCAUAGUACACGUCAGCCCAGUCAGGACGGCGCGGCCGCCUUAUGCCGACUCACUCGCCGAACAUGUUUGAGCUCCCUUGCUCUAUUUUCGACUGACUUUGGCCUUUUAAAAUACUGAGCCAGCUCAUGACAAAACGCUCAUUUAGGUUUGAAGCUGGAUUAGAUUAGUACACAAAAAUCAAUCACACGUUACGGGAACAAAACAGGAUUUAAAAAGAAUGAAAAUAUUUUGUGAUAACAGUCACGGAACAAGAAUAACACAAAAUAUUAACAAGGAAAAAAAAUUCCAGGAAAAAGAUUCACAAAGAAAACAGUCUGAAAAGUCAAGUGCAUUUUUUUCAAAAACAUUCCAAAGUAGCCUGUAUAUUUAAAUGAGUUUUCUUUACAAGAGGACAGUUUUUAUUGCAAAUAGAAUGAACGCGUUAUUGCAAAAGUGGAAUGAUUGAGACACAUAAUUGCUCUCUGAAUAUGAAUUUCUGCAAAAACGUGUUAAUGCAUGGUUACUGUUGAAUAAAGUUAUGAAAUGUCAUAAUGGACUGGCAUGCACGGGAUGAAGAGUUGCACUGCCUGUAGUUGUACAAGGUUAAUCGGCACGUAGCUACAAUAGAUUGAAUAAGAAAAAAACAAACAAACAAACAACCACCCCAACACCCCAACAAACAAACGCAACAACAUUUAUUUUGAAAUUUGUGGGGACUGUAUUAGUUUUGCACCAAAAUGACUAGCUACAGAUCCCCUCCUUUCCAGGAUAUAUUAUUUUCACAGGAGAGAGGGAGAACUGAUAGAAUUCAUGCUGGCAUUUCUAACUGAACCUUGGUCUAAAGCCCACUUUGUCU